AUGACCGCCGGUGUCGAUGCGAUUUUCAUCCUUUCCUCCUUCGCAGCACCCCUCGCGGUGACCUAUGGAAUGCUGGGUCAUGGAGCUGGAGGGGGCGCUUCCCUCAGCACCAGCUUUACCUGGCACCCGAUUCUCAUGUCCUUUGCUUUUCCAUGCUUAAUGGUGCUGGGCCGCUGGGUCUAUGUCACGGAGUCUCUCGGCGACAAGCAGGAACAGCGAUCCGCCCACCGUGGGCUCAUGAUUUUGAGCACUUUAGUUGCCAUCGGAGGAUACGUGGCAAUAUUUAUGUCUCACGCGAAAAUCCCCUCGUUCUUUGGGUACAACUUUGCCAAGCACACUUGGGCUGUGCCAGCACGUAUUUGCCACGAUUUCUUGGGAUACUCCGUCCUCUUGGCGAUGCUCUAUCAAGCAGCAGUGGGUAUAAUGAAGUAUCGGAAUCUUGAGGCUGGGCAGAGGUCUUUUCCAUUUCAUGGCAGCCUGGGCAAAGUGAUUCUCCUGCUUGGACCGAUGAAUAUUGUGACCGCCUGCCUUUUCUGGGGCUGGAGCCCGGCCUUCAAAGUCCUGGUGGCUUGCCUCGCCUCAUUGGCAGCGCUUUGUGGAGCAUUCUGGCCGGCACCUGCUAAGCCUGAGAGUGCCCCCCUGGCAGAGUCCAUGAAGGCAUAG